UACCACACAUUUUCUCUAUCCACACAGCUCACUCAUUAGUCAUCACACUCUUCAUGCAUGCAGCUUCCAUGGAUGCUCUUAUUUUCGCUUCACUCCCUUCUUCCUCUUGCUUCCUUCACCCCCUUCUCUCCCCCAAAUCUCCAAACCCUAAACCCUACUCUCCUCGUCUUAGCUACCAACCCCCCCUCCACACCCGAUCAAAAUCCCACCUUUCCCGCAAAAUCCUAAAUAAACUCCAUGUCUCCACUUCCGACCACCCUUCCACCACCGUUCCGGUGGAAGAUCCUUUAUCUUCCGGCGAUACCUUCGAAAAGUUCGAUUGGCACUCCCAUUGGUACCCAUUGGCGCCGUUGUGCGACCUCGACAAGCGAGCCCCGCGAGCGAUGCGGGUGCUAGGGUUAGACCUGGUGUUAUGGUGGGACAGGACGGAGGUGCAAUGGAGAGUGUUCGAUGAUCGAUGUCCCCACCGCCUCGCUCCGCUCUCCGAAGGGCGGAUCGAUCGCUGGGGCCGCCUACAGUGUGUUUACCAUGGCUGGUGCUUCAACGGCGCUGGUAGCUGCGAGCUCAUCCCUCAGGCGGCGGAAGAUGGUCCUCAGGUUCAUACUUCUAGUAAAGCUUGUGCUGCUAGCUACCCUUGCACUGUGCAGAAUAAGAUUGUGUGGUUUUGGCCAAGUACUAAACCUCUACACAAAAAUAUCUUGAUGAAUUGCAAACCUCCUUGUAUCUCAGAACUUGAUGAUCCAUCAUACGCUUCCUUAAUGGGGAUUCGAGAUAUUUCUUAUGGGUAUGAAAUUCUGAUUGAAAAUCUUAUGGAUCCUGCUCAUGUACGAUAUUCACACCACAAAAUAAUGAGAGUUUCUAAACAGCGCUCAUCACUUGCCAGAGAUCGUGAAGGAGGUGUGCCUAUAGUGAUUACGCUAGAGGAAUCAGAUAUUAAUGGCUUCCUUGCAAAGCAAGAAUUUGGAUAUGGCAAGUUUGUUGCUCCUUGUUUAUUUCAUAUGUUCCCUCCCUCAGGGUCUAAUAAUGGAUCCGCUUCAUCUUCAGACAGCAAAGCGGUAGCUGAUCAACGAAGAUUUCUUAUUGUUGUCUACUGCAUUCCAGUUAGUCCUGGAAGAAGCAGAUUGAUUUGGUCCUUCCCAAGAAAUUUUUCUGUUUGGAUUGAUCAAAUUGUUCCACGCUGGAUGUUUCAUGUCGGGCAAAAUUUAAUCCUUGAUUCUGAUAUGCACCUCCUCCAUGUAGAGGAGCGAUAUAUUGCUGAGAUUGGCCCUUCCAACUGGGAAAAAGCUUGUUUUGUGCCAACGAAGUCGGACGUCAUGGUUACCGCUUUUAGAAGAUGGUUUAGAAAAUACUCAAACUCUCAGGUUGACUGGGCAAAUAAGUCUCUAGGCUCCCUACUUCCUACUCCUCCUAGAGAGCAGCUUAUGGACAGGUAUUGGACUCAUGUUGUGCAGUGCAGCAGCUGUAGUGUGGCUUUGAAGUUGCUGAAAGUACUCGAAACCUCUCUUCCAAUGGUUACAUUAAUCUUGAUUGGAGUUGUGGCCGCUUCCAAUCAAAAUAUGAUUUCUGCAGCAGUAAGGACUGCAUUGGUCUCCAUUGCAGUAAUCUGUUUUGCAGCUUCCAAGUGGCUCUCCCACUUCAUAUACAAGACCUUUUAUUUCCAUGACUAUAACCAUGCGUUCGUCUGACGCCGAAGCUCCAGCUCUCGAAAAAAUAUUACAUCCAAAUUCCGGAUGUAAGUUUUUCCCAGCUCUCUUUUCUACAAAUCAGAUAUAGUUUAGGUGCCCAAUCCUAAUAUUUAAUGUUUUGAAUGAUUGGUAUGUAAAGCCCUCUUUUAUGUAUUUACAGAACUCCCAAUUCUUUAUCUUU